UGGGAGUGUGACGUCACCGACAGACUUCUGUCGUUGCUUGAGGUUAAAAGCACUUUCGUUGAAUCAUUUGAGACUAGGAGACCCUUACAUCUGCGAAAUUUGUGGUUAUGUCCGCAAAACGUGUGUAUAUAUGUAACUUAUUGUGUGAAGUUUUAGUUUUACACUGCAAUCUACAUAUAAGUGUACAAUGUAAAACCAGGGGCGUAGCUAGGACUAUUUCAAUGUAUAGGCCCGAAAGAUGAAACUGAAGGCUUCAGCGAAGCGCCAAGGAGGCAGAUGCAGGAGGGGGUUGUCCCCUCCCGCUGGGAGUCACCCCGAUUGACUGAAUAUUGUUUAACUUCCCUCUCGAGAAUAUUUCACUCAUGUGGAGACGUCACCACUGCCGGUGAAGGGCUGCAAAAUUUAGGCCUGUGCUCGGCGCUUAUGGCCAUUGAGCAGGAGGAUCUUUAUCGUGCCACACCUGCUGUGACACAGGACCUUGGUUUUUGCGGUCUCAUCCGAAGGACCGCCCUAUUUAGUCGCCUCUUACAACAAGCAAGGGUGUACUGAGGACCUAUUCUAACCCGGAUCCCCAUGGGAUGGUGUCACCCUGAGAAAAUUUUCGUGUCACCCCGAGAAAAUUUUGAAAUAUUAGGACUCAUUUGCACUACGCUGAGCAUCAAAAUGAUUGCAACAAACAUUGAAUCUUGUGCAACGUUAACUUUUCAAAGAUAUUAAACUAUUAAGUCAGUGUGACCCCCUGUGACUUCGACACAGCAAGUGUCCCUGGCGCAGUGCCCAGAAUGCCCAGCUGUGUGACCUCUGUGAAACGGUCCUACUACAGAGUUACUGUAAACUUUGUCAUUUAAACUUGUGCAAGCCUGUGUUGGGCAGCACAGCGCCUUUCCAAUUCAUCUAAGAGCCACAAUAUCAUGCCUCAUGAACACGGAAAGCGUACAACUAACUGCCCAAAAUGUCCAGACCACACGGACAAACACUGUGAACUUUUCUGUGAGAAAUGUGACAUUCCUGUCUGUUCUACCUGCGUCAUCUCGGAUAAACAUGAAGGUCACGAUAUAUCAGAUAUUCUGAAAAAACUCAGCUCUAAAACAAAAGAUUUUCAAAAUGACCUGGAGGAACUGGAGACCAGAAUUUAUCCCCGAUAUGAAGAAAUUAUCUCCAAUAUCCAAAGUGAGAAAGCUGAAUUAGAAACAAAUUACGGGAAACUGACAACAGCUGCCGACAUACGAGGAGAAAUUUGGCACCAAGAAAUAUCCACUGUUGUCAACCAAUGGAAAUCUGACAUUGAGCACAUGAAAAAUAAACACAUGGUCGUUCUAAAUAAACAUACAGAUGAUAUCACACACAGCAUUAUAGAACUCCGAAAGAUUAUUCAGGACCUGAGGGCAAUACUGGAAUCCAAUGAUACCUCCUUAAAGCAAGCUGCAACAUACAAGUCUAGGAAUGAGGAGUUUAGAAAAUUACCUUGUAAGAUACAAGUUGCAUUACCGAGCUUCUCUCCGCAGAAAGUAAACAAAGAACAACUCAACGAACUGUUUGGUACUCUGUCAUCAUUAUCUAUCAAUACAGACGAACAUGGCUACACAAUGAAUACAUCAGUAUCGUCUCCUCUAGUGAAGUCAUUGCUCGAUGAACCGAGACCCACCGCCACCAUAGACACCAGCUAUCAAUACUUACGCAGUAUAACCUGUCUAAGUGAUAAAGUUUGGACAAGUGGGACUGAAGAAGUCAUGAAUCUCUACAACCACCAGGGCAAACUACUGGAAUCAAUCCAAACUGAGUCAGGUAACAUGCCAUGGGACAUAGCACUGACACGGGAUGGAGAUCUUGUUUAUACUGACCCUGAAAAAAGUACUGUAAACAUGGUGAAGAAUAAACAUAUACAGACUGUGAUCAGACUACAAGGAUGGAUACCUCGGUAUGUCUGCAGUACCUCCUCAGGUAAUCUACUGGUUACCAUGAACAGUGAUGACGACAGACAAUUCAAAGUUAUCCGUUACUGUGGGUCCACUGAGACACAAACCAUUCAGUUUGAUGAUCAGGGCCAACCUCUCUAUUCAUGUGAUUACAUUAAAUACAUUAGUGAGAAUAGGAACCUGGAUAUCUGUAUCGCUGACAAUAAGGCAAAAUCAGUAGUGGUGGUCAAUCAGUCAGGAAAACUCCGGUUUAGAUACACUGGUCAUCUCUCAAAUACGAAGGAAUCAUUUAAUCCAUUCGGUAUCAUUACAGACAGCCAAAGUCAGAUCCUUACAGCAGACUGUACAAAACAUCAUAUCCACAUCGUAGAUAAGGACGGGCAGUUCGUCCGUUACAUUGAUAACUGUAAUUUACGCGAUCCAUGUGGGUUAUGUGUUGAUACCAGAGACAACCUCUUUGUGGCAGAAUUAGACACAGCUAAAGUGAAGAAAAUCCAAUAUCUAUCAACACAGUACUAAUUACAGAUAGUAACACUAUAUUUCUAAGUGGUAUAAACAUUUAUGAAUGUUUAAGAUGCGAUUUCUGUUACAUUUCCUGAUAUAGUGCAGAUCCACAGAUAUUGGGGGUGAGGGGGGGGGGGGGGGUAAAAUCAUGGCCAUGAGGGUAGGGUGGGGCUACAAUAGUGGAUCAAACUUUUACUUGCGAAUAUAUAGGAAAAAUCUCAACAAAUCUUCAUUUCAAGAAACACUGGGCCAGAAAAUUUCAAAUUUACAUGGCAGCUUCUUGAGAUAGUGUAGAUUCAAUUUUUAAAAUGAAAUCAUGGCUCCUGGGGUAGGUUAGGGCCACAAUAGGUAAUCAAAAUAUUACAUGGGAAUAUAAAGGAAAAUCUUUUAAAAUCUUCUAAAGAACGUUGGGCCAGAGAAGUUCAAAUUUACAUAUCAGCUUUUUGACAUAGUGGAGGUUCAAGUUCGUUAAAAUCAUGACUCUCGGCGUAGGUUUGGGCCAUGAUUUGGGGAUAAGAGUUUUACAUGUGAAUGUAUAGGGGAAAUCUUUAAAUCUGGACUAAGGUGUUCGAUGUUGGAAGUGAUAGAAAUAAAUGAUUUUGUUUUUUGGAAUAAUUAAUGUUUGAAACCACUGUAACCAAAUCAACUGGUGAUAGAAUUAAUCUUUUCCAAUAUUGUAGCAUACUUUUAAUUUUGGGAAUAUGUAUGUUGUAGUUUACAUCUGUAGUUUGUUGUAAGUCAACAGAAAAGUUAAUGCCUACUAAGUGAAAAGUUAUCAAACUCCAGUCAAGUUUUCACCUGGGGUGAAGAAAGACCUGAUUUGAGAACUGUUUUGAUCCGAUCCAAACAAUUUUUGUUUUGGAGCAGUUUGCCUUCAAACGAGAAGUUUUAGAGAUAAAUUAAAGACAUUUAAAGCUGUAAAAAGGUAUCCCAUUAAGAGAAAGUGAAGUGUUAUCUGUAUUGAUUUAUUUUGUGUUCCUUUAUCUCCUAUCGUAAUAACCUUUGUAUUCUUAUUUUGUUUAAUCAAUAUUGCUUGAAUUUCAGCACAGGGUCGCCUUGUAUACAACCACUCUCAAUAUUGAAUUUAUUAAAUAAAAUCCCACUGUAACACUGCA